GUGCAUGCAUGCUGUGUAAAGUAAAAAUAAAUCUGUGAAUGAAAUGAAAUCUGGUGGAUGACCCAAUGUGCUUGCUUGUUUUACCUUUUAAACCCCUUCCUUUCCCUCUCUCUGUUUUAUCCCUUCUUCUUCUUAUCAACAAUCUCUUCCUUUGAUAUAAAACUCCAUAUCCAACACGCAACCAUCCAAACUCUACUCAAUUCUCCUCAACUCUACUCAACUCUCCUCAAUCCAUCUUAAAUCACCCAUCUCCAAUAAAUCUACUCAAAAUGGCUUUCGAAUCUCAACAACCCCAAGCUCAACAAAUGGAGAUGUCCACUACCAACGGCCCCAUCACCGAACAACCUCGUCAAAAUGAGGGAAUGAACGCCGAUGUAUCGAUGCGUGGUGGUGGUGGAUGCUGCGAAGCAUGUCUCGCCUGCUGUCUCCUCGAAGAAGUCUGCGCAUGUUUGAUUUGCGAGGAGUGCUGUUGUUAAACGCUUUUCCGUAAGGAUUAUACGCGCAGACGCAUGCAGAAAUGUAUAGCCAAGAUAUAUGUCACACCCACAAUGCGAUGGAGAGAAGAUGAUUGAUACCCGGUGGUUUGUGGAUGUGGAUUGCGAUGGAGACGUAGAUGUAGAUGUGAAUAUGGAUGUGGAAGGGGGAGGGGGUAUUAUGAAUUUCGAUGUUUUUAUACGGAUAAUGAAUUUUGGUGGAUGGAUGCGAUGCGAUGAGAUAGAGAGAGAGGAAGGAGGGGAGGAUGAAUAUUGCUACCUAGGUAUGCUGAACGAGGAACCAGUGGAAUUACAUUUUUGCAAAUAUCCAAAAUACUACAUCUAGAAUUUCUUGUGAUUUUUA